AUGGGGUCCCGGAAUACCUGGACAGAGACUGAAUCGCGCAUAUUGGCGCAAGAGCUGAGGCGUUCAGCCAGUGAUCCGCAAACAUCGCACCUAGCAACAUGUGUUUCUAUUGCGGCUCUUCUACCCAACAAACUCGCGCGCGACGUCGCUAUUCGCGUCCGCUGGCUUAAGGGCAACUCUGAAAUACCAACUGCGCAGUUUUCCUCCAAGCUCCCUCUGGGCGAUUUCAUCGAAAUGCGUCGAUUUAAUUCCCACGCGACGAAUGUGGGAGUCGGAACGGACACACUUGGUCUCGGCUAUUCGAGAGGCGAUGGGGAGCCUGCUAUUCUAAGCAUUGAAAAGCUGCUUAAAGAAAAUACCACUUUACUAGAACGUUUCGAGUGUGCACGCACCGGUGCUGAUGUCUCACAAGCGGAUCUGAAGAUGAUACUAGAUAAUCUAUUCGCGAUAGAUUCAUUGAUUCGAUCGAGGUAUGACAAUGGGAAGACGAUGCCCCGAAUGCCAGUUCGGGUUGAUGUUUCACUAGUGGCAGCUGUUUUUGGUCUUUCUUGUUGA